UCUGACUGCAGACUCUGCUGACCGUUCCAGGAUGCCGAGCGACAAGAUGAGCGCCCUGGUAACCUUUGUCUUGCUGGUCUCAGUCUUCAUAAAUGGCGUCUCGACAAAAUCACCAGUGACGUCAUCAGACAACGACACAGCUGUAGAUGAUUCUACAGUCCAAGAAAACAAAACUUCAAUCGAUAUACAUAUAAAGGAGUUGCCAAUUCCUGAACAACACUCAGAAAACAGUUCCGUAAACAUUGAAAAUUCAUCGAUUCUCAACGUUUCGAAGUCAUUCAUUGUCAAUGAAAGCAGGGAUAAGUUAGACACUGAGGAUAUGAUUGAUAACGAACUGCUUGUAGGAAGGAUUAAAAGCAAAGAUGACAUGAAAAAGAGGACUCUCCGACUGAAACAAAUACGGAAAAUUCUAAAACAUAUUUCCAAAUCAACAAAUAUUUUACAGAAAAAUAACACAAAUGGACAUGAAAAUAUGACUGCAGAAGAAAAUAUCAUGGAUGUUUCAAAAGCUAUUUUGCGUAAUAUUCUUACAAAAUACGUACAAUAUAAGGAGCUUGAAAACAAUGCGACGGAAACGAAUAAUGAGACAUUAACAAUGGAGAAUUAUGAUGAUAAUUCUACAGUCCGAACUGAAGGCAAAAACACUUCUAAUGUGUUAGUAAAUUUCAUUCGUUUAUUUGAGUCCGACAACCCAGUAGUCCGCGAAAGAAUAGGUAACUACGAUGAUGAUGCAGACGACGAUAAUGAUGAUGAUACCGAUGACGACGAUGAUGAUGAUACCGAUGAUAUCAUUCAACUUGUUGAAAAGAUAGAAACUGUAGAGAAUAGAGAGGACAACGACUAUGAUAUAUCGGAUUUUAUAAUCAAUAUGUUGGGAGGAGCUCAUAACAACGAUUGGGACCUUAACCCGGACAAUGACUUAGAAUCAAGGAUAGAUUAUCCUCUUGAUGGUAUAACAAAUUUUAACAACGAAAAACAGGCCCUGACCACUGAUGUGGUACAAGAUCACAUACAUAGUCCUAAUUAUGUUCCCCAUAUUGAACAUCCAAACACUGAUGCUAGUGCCGGGAACUUAGCAAACGGCAAGAUGGAAAACUUACUCUGGAAGGACUUUUUCAGUUUUGAAAUUCCAGACAAAGUUACCAAAAAACCGAACAAUGUUCCAGAUGGGAAUAGCCCUAAGAUGGUAGCUAACACGCACUUUCACAAAAAACCUGCCAUUGAUGGUAAAUACGAUUACGAAGAAGAGGAUGAUAGCUGGGAAAGUUAUGAGGACUACAAUUACCCCGAGGAAACAUACACCGAUUACAUUGAUGAAUAUGACGUUCAAGUCCCAAAGAUUGGAAAAAGUAAAACAGUUGUACCCCACGUAAUUGAAACAAACAAACUUUAUCCCGCUCACUCCUCGCUUAGUGGUAACCUAUUUGAUCAUAACAUAAAUCAAAGGAAUUUUCACCGCCAGCAAGUUUAUGAUUAUGUCGAUGAAAGCAGAGAAACACCGUUGACAAGUGCAUGGAAUAACAAUUACAUCGGCCUAGGAAAUGGGAAGCAAAAUGGUCACACGAAUUCACACCAGAAAACCUUCUAUUCUUUACACUCAGGGAUUGAUAAAGAGUCUAGUGAAGAAUAUGACGACAACAUGAUCGUAGAUGCCAUGCUGCCUCAUUUAAAAAUCGGAAAACCAUCAAAUAAGAAAACAACUACAUUUGUUGAUAGACUUAGUCUAUUCAGCAGAGAUAAAAAGUACUCAUCUGAUCAUGAUGACGACAGCACAAGCCAUGAUAUUGAGCGCGAGGAAAGUGACAAAGUUCCUGUUGGAAUAAAACGUUUGUUUCACAAUAAAAAAAUGAAAAUACAUUCAGGUUCACAAAGCUCUGAUUCAUCGUCAUAUUCAUCGGAGAAAGUUUCAUCUUCAUCUGAAGUCGACAGCAUUAGCAGUGAAGAACAACUUCAUUACAAGAGUCGCACUAGGAAAGGUUCAGACAGCAGAUUAAAUUCUUAUAGCAAAGAAGAUCAUUCAUAUUCAUCAGAGAGUUCGCUACCAGAUCGGAUUACAAGUUUGUUUCACAAUAAGAAAUCGAGAGUUUAUUUGGGAUCACACAGCUCCGACUCAUCGUCAUAUUCAUCUGAACAACUUUCGUCUUCAUCAGAGGAAAUUGACAGCAUGAGUAGUAGUGAGGAACAAUCACAUCUUCUGCGUCGUGCCAGAAAGGGAUCAAGUUCCCAUUCUAGCAGCACAGAAUCUCAAUCACAUUCAUCAGAGAGUUCUUUAUCUCUCAGCGACGAAAUCUCUUCUUCUUACGAAGAUUACAGCACUGAACACGCCAAGAAGUAUUCGAAAGAAAAAUUUUAUUGGCCUCAUCAGAUGAAUAGAGGGGGAUCUUCUGGAACAUCCGAAUCUAUAAGUGAUGAAUACAGUUCAGAAUCUUUCAGCAAUGAAAACUUUUCAUCCUCUGAUGAAGAUAGCUUAAGCAGUAGCAGCGAAGAACGCGUUCCAGUUGUAAAAGAUGAAUCAAGGUUUGUGCAUAUUCAUAAACCAAAAAGCCAUGUAAAGCCUUUUAAUCAUUAUUAUACAUUCUUCAAAACUCGUGAUUGGAAAAGAUUGGAUGAAAACAGAUACGUGGAAGAGAGUAGAGCAUACCACAGAAAACACUUCGAUGAUGAUGACAAUAUUAACGAGGUCACAACCCCCCUACCAAAAGUAAAUGUGGAACAAUUGUAUGUUAGUAAAGUAAAACAGGACGUUCCAAAACGUCCUCCGCAACCAUUUGUACUGCUCCAAAGAACUGCAAUAGUUCGAACGACGCCACCUCCUCCUCCGACACCUUACAUUCCAGUACCGACCCAACCACCUCCUCCUCCGACACCUUACAUUCCAGUACCAACCCAACCACCUCCUCCUCCGACACCUUACAUUCCAGUACCGACCCAACCACCUCAACCUCCGACACCUUACAUUCCAGUACCGACCCAACCACCUCCUACCCCGACACCUUACAUUCCAGUACCGACCCAACCACCUCCUCCCCCGACACCUUACAUUCCAAUACAAGUAACCAGACCUCCGCCACCAGCACCUCCUGUUGUCAAUAGAAUACAAAUUUUGAAAACUGUUGUGCCACGAUACCAACCACCACCGCCACCACCUCAACCACGGCCGGUACCUAAAAUACACAUAGUCAGAACUAGAUUUACCACGCAUAGACCAAUAACAACACCACCACCACCGCCGCCUCCACAAUUUCGUCCUAUACCAAGAGUGCAGCUACUUAGAGUUCCUGUGUAUCCAACCCCUGCUCCAAGGCCAACACCAAUACCUACCCCAAAACCCACACCAAAACCUAACUACUUGCAAUGGCUACCAAUCAUUUAUAACAAAAUAAUGAAUUUCAGAAAAGAGAACAAGCCAAAACCUAAACCCGUUCAGCCAAAGAAGCCGACGUCAUAUGAUAUUUUACAAAAUGAAAUAAUGCAGAUUGACGUACAGAAGGCUUGGACCAAUAGCUAUCAAAGUAAUGUAAAGAAAGGUUCUUACGCUAAAAGUUCCUACAAAAAGCCAAAUACUUAUAGCAGUGGAUAUCAGAAUUUGUCAUAUAAGAAACCAACGUAUGGAAGAUAUGGCAAUGCAUAUUCGAAAACUCAACCUCAAAGAAGUUACGGAAAGUAUGGUCGGGCAUAUGCUCAAAAUUCAUUCCAAAAAACAAGGACUGGCUACGGAUACAAAAAUAACGAGAGAACUGGUUAUUUUAACAGGCUUUACAGAAAGAAAUAUUCUCCAAAAUUAUCGAGAUUUAAUGUACCUUAUCAGAUAUCGAAUUCAAACAGACACUAUCGAUCAAAUGCAUACGGACAGUUGCAUAAACAUCCUGGACAUUCUGCAAAAGAAGAUUGUGAUACAAAUGGUGUGCCUAGAAAUAUACAUUUCUCAGCAAACAAAAACAUUAAUGCAUAUUCUGGUUCAAGCAUGAACCGAUUCCAUCCGACAUUUAACAAAUGGAAGUAUUAAGUGUUGAUUUUUAAUUAAUUGUAACGAUUGCCUUUUUUGUCGUACCCUAUAUGAAUCAUUCUGUUUUAAAUUGGAUUGUUAUUUUUUUGUAUGUUUAUAUAAUAUAUUAAACUUUAUUUAUUAGUUGAUGUCAAUUUCUGGGUUGUUUUUUUUAAUUUCAUUAUUAAAAU